AUGGGGUUUGUGAAAGUUGUUAAGAACAAGGCCUACUUCAAGAGAUACCAAGUGAGAUUUAGAAGGCGGCGAGAGGGUAAAACCGACUACUAUGCUCGGAAACGAUUAGUGAUCCAAGACAAAAAUAAGUACAACACACCCAAAUACAGGAUGAUAGUUCGUGUAACUAACAGAGACAUCAUCUGCCAGAUUGCCUAUGCCCGUAUAGAGGGGGACAUGAUAGUCUGCGCCGCCUAUGCACACGAGCUGCCGAAAUACGGAGUGAAAGUUGGCCUGACAAACUAUGCUGCCGCUUAUUGUACCGGCCUGCUGCUGGCCUGCAGGCUUCUCAAUAGGUUUGGUAUGGACAAGAUCUAUGAAGGCCAAGUGGAGGUGACUGGAGAUGAAUACAAUGUACAUGGUAAUUUUUAG